GUGUUGAUUUGAUGAAGUUAAAGAGCGCCCAUGUGCGGGCUAGCGUUUAGAACGAGAAACAGCCCCUCUCAAAAAACCUCCCUGCGUUGGGGCGAUUGCUGUUUAAUUCAUUGCAAACACGCAUCAAUAGUUAAUAAUAAUAUUAAUUAAAUUAGGUACUGUUAAAGUGGUCAAAUACAAUAUAUUUUGUUAAGAUUUUUGUAUAUUCGCCUUUAAUAUAUAAGUGCUUCAAGUAACUCCCAUCUAGAAAACGUUCACAGAAUAUCACAAUGAUAAACGUAGCAGGAGUAAUAUCAAUUAUUCUAUUUUAUAUAUUAAUUUUGGGUGUGGGAAUAUGGGCGGCGAGAAAAAAAGAAGCGGGAAACGACUCAGAAGAAGAGGUCAUGUUAGCCGGAAGAAACAUUGGUCUCUUUGUGGGGAUAUUUACCAUGACAGCCACGUGGGUCGGUGGAGGCUACAUAAACGGAACGGCUGAGGCUAUUUACACAUCAGGUUUGGUUUGGUGCCAAGCGCCUUUUGGGUAUUCGCUGAGCUUAGCAUUUGGCGGCAUAUUUUUUGCCAAUAAAAUGCGUCAACAGGGUUACAUCACCAUGCUGGAUCCACUACAGGACACAUUUGGGGAACGUAUGGGAGGGCUUCUCUUCUUGCCAGCACUCUGUGGUGAAGUUUUUUGGGCCGCUGGUAUUCUGGCUGCCCUUGGGGCCACGCUCAGUGUCAUUAUAGACAUGGAUCAUCGCACAAGUGUCAUCUUCAGCGCUUGUAUAGCUGUAUUUUAUACACUGUUUGGAGGAUUAUAUUCAGUAGCGUACACAGAUGUCAUACAAUUGUUUUGUAUAUUUAUUGGAUUGUGGAUGUGCAUUCCGUUCGCUUGGACCAGUGAACAUGUAACAUCUUUGUCGUCGAUGGAUGUGGAUUGGAUUGGAGAAGUCAAAUCUGAGGAGUUGUGGUUUUACAUCGACUACGGAUUAUUACUGGUAUUCGGCGGAAUUCCUUGGCAAGUAUAUUUCCAGAGGGUAUUGUCGAGCAAGUCGGCAGGAAGAGCUCAAGUUUUGUCUUACGUAGCCGCUAUUGGAUGUGUUUUAAUGGCCAUUCCGCCAGUGCUUAUUGGUGCUAUCGCUAAAGGAACAGCUUGGAACGAAACCGGAUAUAAAGGUCCGUACCCAUUGACCGCCGAUGAAACCAGCAUGAUUUUGCCAAUGGUGCUACAAUAUUUAACCCCAGAUUUCGUAUCUUUCUUUGGUUUGGGAGCUGUGUCUGCUGCCGUAAUGUCAUCAGCCGAUUCCAGCGUACUGUCAGCUAGUUCAAUGUUUGCAAGAAAUGUCUACAAACUGAUAUUCAGGCAAAAGGCUUCGGAAAUGGAAAUCAUUUGGGUAAUGAGGGUGUCAAUAUUAAUUGUCGGUGUUCUGGCUACAAUCAUGGCUCUAACUAUACCUUCUAUUUAUGGAUUAUGGUCGAUGUGUUCCGAUUUAGUCUACGUAAUACUGUUCCCGCAGCUUCUGAUGGUUGUCCACUUCAAGGACUAUUGUAACACUUACGGAAGCCUUUCCGCUUACAUAAUAGCAUUCUUAGUACGAGUAUCUGGUGGAGAACCUUUGAUGUUCUUGGAUCCUCUCAUCAAAUAUCCAGGUUACGAUGAAGUUGGACAGAGGCAACUCUUCCCCUUCCGAACAAUGGCAAUGUUAAUAUCGUUGGUUACGUUAAUUGGCGUGUCGUGGUACUCCAAGUGGUUGUUCGAGACUGGCAGACUUGCUCCUGGAUAUGAUUUCUUUAAUUGCGUGGUUAAUAUUCCUGAAGAUAUAGAAAGAGUAGGAGAACCAGCUGAAGAAGGUGAACAAAUGUCGGUGAUGGCUUCCGGGGCUAUGGGAAAAUUAUAUGGAGCCGCUACUUUAGUCGGAAAGGACGAGCGGAAUGGGAGGAUCAAUCCAGCAUUAGAGGCUGAUGAUGAUAUUCCAUCUUCGGAAGUUGAAAGACUAAGAAGUUCAGUGAGCAGUGGCGGAGGUAACCGUAAUAUUACUAAUCCAGUAGACACCUCCCAAACAACACUAUAAAUUAAUUAAACAGAAGUCUUCGUUUGCAGUAAAUGUAUGUUAAUUUCCAAGGAUAGAUAGGUGCUAUGUAGAAACUAUAAGUGGUUAAUAGUUAUAUUAUAACUGCUGGACGGUUAUUAAGUCAGUUGUUUUCUGGGUCGAAAACAGUUUUUUUAAUGUUCAGUUUUUGUGAAGCAUAUUUAUGUGAUACACUUAACAAUUACGAAAAAGACUUUAAUAUGUAUAUAGGUUUUUUAAUUUAACAUUUUAAAUAUUAUGAAAAUAUAUUAAACAUUAUGUCUUGUAAAAAAAAAUAAUUUCAAUAUGAUCAUUUCCUAAAGGGCUUACAGGUUAGUAUAAAUAAUUAAGGUGCGAUUCUAGCGUUUUUUAGGACUGUACCUUUUUUGUGAUUGUUAAGGUCUUAAUAUUAUCGUACUUUUUAGUUUCAGUAAUUAUUUUGAACCAAAUUACAUCGAAUUCUUCCCAGAAAUCUUGUUAACUUUCUAAAGAGGUUUAAGUACGGAAUUGUAUCCUAAUAAUACCUAUAAUUGUUAUUGGAUUAUAUUUUAUUCUAGGUGUACCAAAGCUAUAAAUAUUUAUAAUUUUAGACCUGCUGAACUUUUUUAAAUAUUGGAUUAAAUACAGAAAAGAUGGCUUGAAACAUUGAUUGUGGUAGAAUCUAGCGCUAUCGUUGGUGAUUCAUUACACGAUGUGAUAAUUUAGGCAUAAAUACGGAAUGUAGCAGAAAUGCUCUUGUUUAGUGGGUCUAUUUAGCAGUAUUAAUAUUAAUUUUUUAUCAAAUUUUAAAUGUUCGAUGUAUAUUUCUCAAAAUUUCUCUGAAUGUCUCGAUGUGGUAAAACAAUAAUUAGAAUAUUUCAAUUUAAUUUUACGUUUUAUGGCAAUUCACAGAGGAUAAAAGACUAAAUAAUCUAUACAUAUCAGAAAAACAUAUCAUAUAUCUCAAGUAUAUCAAUAAAUGCAUUUUCAUAUUCGAAAAAUUAAUAAGUAUAAAUUAAAUUAUUCAUUAUUUAUGUAAACUUUUCAUUUCCCAGGAUGUUCACAGAAGAAAUACUGUUACUUUCACAAAGCCAACGCUAAACGAUUUAGUAUCUAUCAAUUUCAGAAAGUGAAGACGAACUGAACAAUGCCAAUAGAAAGCAUUUCGCGUGUAUCUUUGAUGUACUUAUUGAAUGCAGUAAACGUAGCUAUACCUUCGGUAAAACACGCGUAAGGUCAUUACCGGUUAUAAAUAGAUAAAUAAGGAAGAUUUACAGCAUUUAGCGGUUAUCUAAUAAAUAUGUAUAGUUUCAACUUUCCAUCAUUUACCUAAUUUAUAUUUGUCUAGUUAUUUAUAUAUUUAUAUUCUAGAUAAUUACAAUUUAUAACACAGUUUGAUUUUAAUAUUGCGCUUCCCCAAAAUCAGAGAAUCAGAAUACGUUUCAAUUUUUUUAAAUCUAAAGAGCACUUUGCAUUGCGUGAGACUAUGAAAAGCAAUAAUCAUCGAUGGUUUCGCCAGAGGCAUUAACUACCUUAUCUGUGAACAACCUACGUAACUAGAAAACUAUACCUAUAUGUUAAAUUGAUUGUAAGUUUGAAAUAUCACAUGUAGUGUAUAUUACGAUGUAGAAAAACGUUAUGACCACUGUUGUUGCUGUAAUAUAAAAUAUAAAGAAAAAAUAUAUUUGGUAUGAUGUGUAUACUAAAUUUAAAAUAAUAGACUGUUAUCUUGAACUAUAAAAUAGUCUUUGAUGUAAAUUUAUGGUAAACUAAAUGUAAUAUAUUAGGAAAUCUAGAAUAUUGUUGAAAAAUAAAUCGUAUCAAGUGA